AUGUUGCAACCACGAUUAGCUGCGCAGUUUGUCCGAGCCCCAUGGGCUGUCCGACAUGUUCCAAAAAAAUAUUUAUUUGGAACAACUAGGGCCCCCAAAACACGUAAUCUAAAUAUAUUGCAAAAGAGCGAGAAGAACUUCAAAGUUUCUCCACGACAAGAACUAUCCAUAAAAACCUUGACCGAUCAAUCCAAGAUCAUAGAAAUUUGUUUUCGCUCGGCUGCGAUCAUCGGAUUUUCUGUCACGUUAGUCGGGAUAAGUGUGGUUAUAUUUUUUAUAUUUGAUGCCUCGACCUAUCACGAGGAUUUAUCACAUACCGAUAUUCAAAUUCCUGGAUUAGCACUCAAGCCACGGAAAGGAGGGCCCAAAAAUCUUCCCAUAGCGGAGCUCCUAAUAGAUGAUAAUGAUCGUAGCAACUAUGAGAAUCAAAUUGACAAGCCAAGACUAGUUAUCCUAGGUGGAGGUUGGGGAAGCGUUGCAUUACUUAAGGCACUUAAUCCCAAUGAUUAUCAUGUCACAGUGGUCUCCCCUCAUAAUUACUUUCUAUUCACACCGAUGUUACCAUCUGCGACCGUGGGAACUCUUGAGUUCAGGUCUCUUGUCGAGCCGAUACGACGGAUCGUCAGUACAGUUCAAGGUCAUUUUAUAAGAGCAUUAGCAGAGGACGUUGAAUUCUCCGAAAAACUGAUUGAAUUAUCCCAGAAAGACGAGAAUGGCAAUGAAUAUCGAUUUUACCUACCUUACGACAAGUUAGUUAUAGGUGUCGGCUCGAGCUCCAACACUCAUGGUGUUAAAGGACUAGAAAACUGUCAUCUAUUGAAAGAUAUUGGUGAUGCCCGGCACAUAAAAAACCAUAUUUUAACUAACCUCGAAUUUGCUUGCUUACCAACAACCUCUGAUGAGGAAAGAAGACGAUUACUUUCUUUCGUAAUCUGCGGUGGAGGUCCAACAGGUGUGGAAUUCGCCGCUGAACUGUCUGACUUACUGAAUGAUGAUCUUACUUUGCAUUUUCCCAGGCUUCUUCGAAACGAGGUUUCCGUCCACCUCAUUCAAAGCCGUGGGCACAUUUUAAAUACAUAUGAUGAAAAAAUAUCCAAGUAUGCCGAGCAACGAUUUGCCCGUGACCGGAUUGAAAUUCUUACUGAUUCACGUGUGAAAGAAGUUCUACCAGAUAAAAUUAUAUUCUCGCAAAAGUGUGAUGACGGGCAAAUUGUUACAAAAGAGCUUCCAAUGGGGUUUUGCCUGUGGUCAACGGGUGUCUCUCAGACUGAAUUUGUUAAACGAAUUUCCGCUUCUCUCGGCUCUGCCCAAACAAAUCGACACGCUUUAGAAACAGAUACUCAUCUACGGCUUAACGGUGCCCCAUUAGGAGAUGUUUACGCAAUUGGUGAUUGCUCUACUGUGCAAAAUAAUAUUACGGAUCAUAUUGUCACUUUUCUUCGCACACUCGCUUGGAAAAAAGGCAAGGACCCAGAAAGGGUGCAGAUAGACUAUGACGAAUGGCGUGACAUUGCACAUGCGGUAAGAAGGCGUUUUCCUCAAGCUGCAGUCCAUUUGAAAUAUCUCAACAAGCUAUUCAAGACCUAUGAUAUUGAUAAAUCUGGGACGUUGGAUUUCAGUGAGCUACAGCAACUUCUUCUUCAGAUAGACAAAAAACUUACAUCUCUCCCGGCCACCGCACAGCGUGCUCAUCAACAAGGCCAGUACCUCGGUCGUAAAUUCAACAAACUUGCCCGAGUAUCUGCAGGACUAACAUUAAAUGGCACUAUUUAUGCAGAUGUGGACGAAGCUGUCUAUAAAGCGUUUGAUUAUCAACAUUUGGGGAGUCUAGCUUACGUUGGUAAUUCUGCGGUGUUUGAUUUCGGAGGAGGGCGGAGCUUUACCGGUGGUUUAUGGGCUGUUUAUGCGUGGCGUAGCAUUUACUUUGCGCAAAGUGUAAGCAUGAGAACAAGGAUAUUACUGGCCAUGGACUGGGCGAAGAGGGCACUCUUUGGCAGAGGUAAAUCACCCAUAUUCCAGAAACCUUUUCUCUCACUCACAAAAUUUAGAUAUGAUGAAUUGGUAGAAUAA